AAAGAUGGCGGAGCGCGGGUACAGCUUUUCACUGACUACAUUCAGCCCCUCUGGUAAACUUGUCCAGAUUGAAUACGCUUUGGCUGCUGUAGCCGGAGGAGCCCCUUCAGUGGGAAUUAAAGCUGCAAAUAGUGUGGUAUUAGCAACUGAGAAGAAACAGAAAUCCAUUCUGUAUGAUGAACGAAGUGUACACAAAGUGGAGCCAAUCACCAAGCAUAUAGGUUUGGUGUAUAGUGGCAUGGGCCCAGAUUACAGAGUGCUUGUGCACAGAGCUCGGAAGCUAGCCCAGCAGUACUAUCUCGUUUACCAGGAACCCAUUCCCACAGCCCAGCUGGUGCAGAGAGUAGCUUCUGUGAUGCAGGAGUACACCCAGUCGGGUGGUGUUCGUCCAUUUGGAGUUUCUUUACUUAUUUGUGGUUGGAAUGAGGGGCGACCAUAUUUAUUUCAGUCAGAUCCAUCUGGAGCUUAUUUUGCCUGGAAAGCCACAGCAAUGGGAAAGAACUAUGUGAAUGGGAAAACUUUCCUUGAGAAAAGAUAUAAUGAAGAUCUGGAACUUGAAGAUGCCAUUCAUACAGCCAUCUUAACCCUAAAGGAAAGCUUUGAAGGCCAAAUGACAGAGGAUAACAUAGAAGUUGGAAUCUGCAAUGAAGCUGGAUUUAGGAGGCUUACCCCAACUGAGGUUAAGGAUUACUUGGCUGCCAUAGCAUAAUAAUGAAAUGACUGAGCAAUGGGAAAUUGCAGAUAAUUGAUCUACUUAAACAUGUUUAAAGUAUGUUUUGUUUUGCAGACUUUUUGCAUACUUAUUUCUACAUGGUUUAAUGGACUGAUGUUUUUAAAAUGACACUUAUAAAUCAUAAUAAACUGUUAAAUCAAAAAAAAAAAAAAAAAAGAA